UGUUGUUUCCACAACCUAUGGUGACGUCAGAGGGUCAGAGUUCAUGACCUCCGGUGUUGUCGGAAAUGCCGUCGUUGACCGAGUCUUCACCUUUAAAGGGAUUCCUUAUGCCGCACCACCUGUGGGAGACCUAAGGUGGCGCCCUCCCGAGGACCCUGUCAGCUGGACGGCCGAACGUGACGCCACCGAAUUUGGGCCGGUUUGCCCCCAGAAUCCCGGAGAGGGGCCGGAACCGUACCCCAUAUUCCAGGAAUUCGUUGCUCGCAGUAACUCCAGCAGCGAGGACUGUCUGUUCCUGAACGUGUACACCCCAAGCGUUUCCGCCAACGCCAACCUACCUGUGAUGGUGUGGCUACACGGCGGGGGUAUGGUCCGUGGCUCUGGCGACGAGUAUCCUGCCGAGAUCCCCACGUCACUCCAUAACGUCGUCAUGGUAACCAUCAACUUCCGGCUGGGUAACCUGGGAUUCCUGCCGACUCGGGACGACGACGCACCGGGCAACUUCGGUCCUCUGGACACGAUGAAAGCCCUUGAGUGGAUCCAGGCGAACAUCAGAAACUUUGGAGGAGAUCCUGACCGAGUCACCAUCUUCGGCCACUCUGGUGGGAGCUGGGGCGUGUCCCUGCUGGUCAUGUCUCCCCUGGCAAGGGGCCUGUUCCACCGGGUUAUCUCUCAGAGCGGCGUGGCGGGAGUUCCCGUGACUGAGAAGGGUGACCUCACACGAACAGAGACCCUGGCUAGAGGGUUAAACUGCACCACGGCCGACUACGAUGCAAUGAUGAACUGUCUUCGAGGUAAACCAAGUGAAGCUGUAAAGCAAGGAGCGGCCAUAACAGCAGUCAUCGGCGGAACAUUUCUCCCGGAGAGUCCAUGGGACCUGAUGUUCAAGAAGGAUAUCAACAAUAUUGACUAUCUCCUGGGCACCGUUAAUAACGAGACUGCCUUUGUGGAUGACGAUGGGUUGUCCAGACAGGAAUUCCAAUUGCAAUUGCCAUUCAGUUUACGCCGUAUCACCGCCCAGUACGUGGGUGGGACGGUGGAUGUGCUCGUUCAGCCUGUGACAGACCAGUAUGUGGAUCCGGCUAGGUGGGACGACAACAUCUACUUAGGGUUCCAAUUCCUCCAACAGGGCACCGACUCCGUGUUCGCUGCUCCGACCGUUCUGAUGGCUCAGGCCGCAGCAGAGCACGGCCGAGUGUAUCAGUACGAGUUCCAGCGGGAUUCAAACGCGUUCUCCUGGCGUCCGUCCUACAUCAUGGCGGACCACGGGGACGACGUGUUCUACACCUUCGGGAUCCCGCUCCUGCGUGACGACACUGGGACCUCCUGGAAGUACAACUUCACCCAGGAGGAACGGGACCUGAGUCUGGACAUGAUGGCUUACUGGGUCAACUUCGCCACAAACGGAGAUCCAAACGACUCUACAGGAGCAGCACGCAUGCGCAACAUGGUUUCCUGGCCACGCUACGUGACGUCAUCUCAGUCGUACCUCCAGCUGGACGUGACGUCAUCUGCUGACGUCAAACUCCGGGAGGACCUGAUGACGUUUUGGAACGAGGAGGUGCCGAGGCUUCUGGGAAAGAAUGUCACACGUGUUGGCUCUGGUGGUAACGGCGGGCCGUCGUGCUCCAGCCAUUUCAUACUGGCGUUAUCAUUGGUUUGCGGCCUAAUUACGUUAAUCUAGAAGGCCUCCCAUUGGCCAGGCCUGCUACAACCUUGGCAGCAAACACCGCUCAAU